ACUAUGAAGAAUCAAAUUCGUUGAGACUCAGCUAUGAUCGGUUUUUCUUUUUAAUAUAUAUGUCUAUUUUAGGAAUAUAAUAUAAACAACAAGUGAGGCUUCGAUCUCAUCCACAACCACCUCUCCCUACAACGGUGCCUCAAAUUUUCAACCCAAUAAAUAAAACGACCCUUCCGAAUUUCAGUCCACUCAGGGAGUAGAAAGAAAAAAAAUAUCAUGGGUAAAGGAGGAAUGUCUCAGGGGGGCAGUGGCGAAGAUGGAGUUGAAGAAAAUAUGGCUGCUUGGCUUCUGGGUAUCAAUAACUUGAAGAUUCAACCUUUCCACCUACCUCCUCUUGGACCCCAUGAUGUUAGAAUUAAGAUGAAGGCCGUUGGUAUCUGCGGCAGUGAUGUUCACUACCUCAAGAAUCUGAAAUUGGCACACUAUGUUGUUAAAGAGCCAAUGGUGAUUGGGCAUGAGUGCGCUGGGAUUGUUGCUGAAGUUGGGGCUGAUGUUAAGCAUUUAGUGCCGGGGGAUCGGGUUGCACUGGAGCCUGGAAUUAGUUGCUGGAGAUGUGGUCAAUGCAAAGAAGGCCGCUACAAUCUGUGCCCAGACAUGAAGUUCUUUGCCACUCCCCCUAUUCAUGGUUCUCUUGCGAAUGAGGUGGUUCAUCCAGCGGACCUGUGUUUUAAAUUGCCAGAAAAUGUUAGCUUAGAGGAAGGAGCCAUGUGUGAGCCCUUAAGUGUUGGUGUUCAUGCUUGUCGACGUGCUAAUGUUGGUCCAGAAACAAAUGUUUUGAUCAUGGGAGCCGGACCAAUUGGGCUUGUAACUUUGAUGGCUGCACGUGCAUUUGGUGCACCCCGGGUUGUCAUUGUUGAUGUGGAUGACUAUCGAUUGUCUGUUGCAAAGGAUCUUGGAGCAGAUGAAGUUGUUAAAGUUUCAAUUGACCUUCAGGAUGUAGAUCAAGAUGUCACUCAGAUUCAAAAAGCCAUGAAAGGUGAGGUAGAUGUGAGCUUCGACUGUGCUGGCUUUGAAAAGACAAUGUCAACAGCCUUACAAGCCAGCCGAUCUGGUGGCAAAGUUUGUCUUGUUGGAAUGGGUCACAAUGAGAUGACUGUUCCACUAACUUCAGCUGCAGCAAGGGAAGUUGACAUAGUUGGCGUGUUUCGGUACAAAAACACAUGGCCUGUGUGCUUGGAGUUUAUAAGAAGUGGUAAGAUUGAUGUGAAGCCGCUUAUAACACACAGAUUUGGUUUCUCACAGAAGGAGGUGGAAGAGGCCUUUGAAACCAGUGCUCGUGGUGGUAAUGCUAUUAAGGUCAUGUUCAACUUGUGAACGGUCAUAUUUUGAGAGACGGACACAAAAUACGGUGUUCUGCAUGCCUUAUACCAAUUGUCCGAUGCAGGGAAAAAAAAAAUGAAAAUACAAUAAAAUCUGUUCACAAAGUGAUAUAUUUCAUUUAGAACUGGUUAUAGUUAUGCGCUACUUAGCUUCUUUUUGUUCCUAUUCAAGUCUUAGUCAUGGUUUUGAUACGUUACGGAGCUUCUCUAUGUACCCGUUUGGAAAUGUUUUUUUUUCUUCUUUAAACAUUGACAUUUUGAUGAAUGUUUCAAUAUAAGUAUAUACACAACGUCACUGUUAUCUA